AGAUGUCAUACUAUGAAGAUAGAAGGAAUCCAUUUUAUGGAAAACAGAAUACUAUAAAUAGCUUUCAGCCCAGUAGAACAAUGACUAACUCAAGAGAGAACUACAAUAGAACUCAUAGUCUUGUAAAUCCUUUUAGUCGAAACAACUCAAGUGAAAACAAUAAUGGGCAACACAGUUCAACACUUAGCUUUGGUCGCUCAAUGGGCAUCAGCAAUAAAGAUCACUUUAAUAAGGAAGCGGAGAAAGAAAAGCAUAUACAAGAGGUUCUUGAGCAAGGAACUUGGGGAGUUGAGGAACUCAAAGAUAUGGAAGAUAAUGAUUAUUUGGCGGCUUUAAAUGAUUUAAAAGAAGAGAAUAAUUACAAUUCUUCUAGGAGAUAUCCCUACCCUUCAAGUUCUGCUAAUUUCUCAAAAUCAAAAAACUUAAUAACUUUCCAGUGUAUCACAAAGAUGGAAAAAUUUGAAACUUUUUGCCUCGAGGAGCUUAGAGUCAUUGAUUAUAUGAAUGGAAACGAUCGGAAGCCUCCUUCAAGCACCUCAAGGUAUAGAUCCUAUCUAGACCAACCUCAGAAUUCGACUAGGAGUAAUCUUGGUUUCGGGCAGCAGAGGAAUCCUACAAGUAACCCCUUCAAUAAGUCAACAGGUGGUUUCACUAGUACGCCAAAGACAUGGAGAAACGAAGAUGAAGGAAUGAGUAGGAAAAGUAGGAUUGGAGGAAGAAGUCCCUGGGGUGAGAAAGGAAGAAUGGGUGCUUUUGGAGAGGAAAAAGAGAACAAGAACGUUUUUAACUGCAGGGAGGAGGAAAAGAACUGAUUUGGGAAGAAUACUGGCGGAAAGAGUUGGGGUGGGAAUGAUCUGUUUAAUAAAAGUUCAGUAAGAAGAAGUGAAUUUGAGCAAAAACCAAAAACUGCGAAUAUGUUUGGGAAAAUUAAUGACUUAAAGUCUCCCUUUGGUAAGCCCAAAGAGAUGAGUUCAAGCUCAGUACAGCAAAAGAGUCCAUUUGGGUAUGCAAAGGCUGUUGUAAAUAUCUCAAAGCCAAAUAAGUUUAUGCCAAGCUCAACUAAUGUUAAUAUUUCUAUGAACAAUCAAGUUUCUGGAUCAAUGGUUAACCCUAAGCCUUCUACCUCAGAUUUCCACAUGAUGCACAAGGCUAUUUCUCAGAACCCCUAUGGAUUACCUAACCAAAGUAACCAAGUUUUAAAAGACAUAAACAGUCAAUUUUACAGUCAAAUAUGUGAAGAGCCUCUUCCUUUCUCAGAGGUAUAUGACAUUGAUAAACCAGUAAAUAUGAAAUUUGGGUACAAACCUGCCCCUGUAGACCUCACUAAACCAUUCACAGGAUCAGUAGACUCAGAGAGGAUCAAGAGAACUCUGACUGAACAGACUAAAUCUGAAUAUGCUGACUGCUUGAAGCCAAGAGAUAAUUUCAGGGCUCGCAAUUCAGUGUCAAAAUUAAGCUACUUAGCAACAGAUCUGUCCGAGAGCCAAAAGGAGCCUCUAAGCUUUGAUUUAAAGGAAACAGAGGAGUUGAUCAAACACUACACCCAGAGAAAACCAAGAGGUUCAUAUAACCAAAUAAAAAUAUCACAAAUCAAAGUUGUCACCCCAGGAAUCAAUAAAAAGCCUAAACUUCCUAGAAAUUGAAUUGAAGUCAACCUCCAGUGCCAAGUUGGAGACAACCAGGAAGUUUUACCACCUAUCAGGGCAAAAAUCAGUAGAACUAUUGGGGAUGUCAUCGAGACUGCUGUCCAGAUGCUUGGCAAAAAGUACUAUGGGAUCCAUGCUAAAAACUGAAGCAUCAUAAAAGGAAGUAGCAUAUUACUCAAUGAAUACAAAAUUUCUGAGUGAAAUAUAUCCCAAGACGAACCUCUCAAAAUGGUUGUCUGAGCUGAUAAGCAAGUUAUUAGGCUAGAGGAUGAUACCGAGAAAGUCCUUUCAAAUCAGCUGGUUGACCUAGACUUAGUAAAAGGCCUAAAAGUUGACUGUUUAAGCACCAAGCCAAGCUUUGAUGAAAUGAUCAGAAUGACAACUGAAAAAGCCCAGAAGGUAGAGCAUUUUAAGAUAUAUAAUGAUUAUGGAAGAGUAAUCUGGGAAGGAAAAAUAGACAUUGUGUCUAUUCUAAACUCUAAAAGUCAUACAUUCUCAUCUCUCAGUGAAAUUAUACAACUAAGACAUUCUUCUCUCUCGAUUUAUGAGGAUGAAGGAACAAAACCUCCAAAAGGAGAAGGACUUAACAAGCCUUGUGUCAUUACUCUUUAUGAUCUUUAUCCUUGUGAGAUCAAGGCUGAAUUAGAGCAAGGAAAAAUUUUGAGUAAUGAGCAGACCAAAAUAUAUGACCAGUUCAGAACUACUCUCAGAGACGGAAUUCGCCAAAAAGGAGGAGUCUUUUUGUCUUAUAAAGGCAGUAAAGGAGAGCUGAUAUUUUCAGUUGAGCAUUUCUAA